AGGAUAUGUUUCAAAUUGUUUUAUUUGAGUGCGGCUUCGGUGGUCGAGUUCUUUUUCUGAGUGUUGUUGAGUGCUUUGCAGUUCGUAGAUGCGGUCGCGAUCGAUCGAUGGCUCGGGUAUUUUAUCGUAGACAUCUAUUUUGUAUUUGUUUCGUCCGAUAGAAGGUCUAUCUUCCAAGAAGAUUUCAGCGUAGGUUUGUGUUCCAAGAAGAUUUCAUCAACGUAGGGACCACGAACACAAGUGAAAGUGUUGUUGGAAAAUAUGGUCGCGAGAUCUCGUCACCGGGGAGAUCAGAUCCAGAUGGCGUACUAAUAUCGAUCAUCAAAGCAAGGGUCGUAGCGCGAUGCGGCGGUUUUGUAGUGGUGCGGAGGGAUUGGACCCGUUAAUCUGGGAUACUGGAGGUCCUAGAGAUGAUGUUUGCAGAAGGCGAAGCCGAAGCUCCUUUGCAGAACGCGGACCCGAAGCUCCCACCACCGGCGUCGAUGCUGGCACGCGCAACUGGGCACUUGGGCGAGAGGUCACUUUGUUGGCGAGUAGAAUUCGGCAGGUUCUUUCGAAAGAACACGAGAAGGUGGUUUUGCAGGCGCUGAUGGAGCCUCGUCACGACGAGAACCCUGAGAGCGAUGCCGACAUGAUCAAAGCGCUCGAAAAAAAUCUUGAGCAGAAAGUUGGACUCAGCGUCUCCCAAGGCGAGCACGGGCAGCUGGAGCUGCAGAGCGAGACGGCGACGAGCAAGAGCAGAGCUGCACAGCAAGGGCAGGCAGGUCCUGAAAUUCAGCAGGAGGUGGAGGGAGCCCACGAGGACAUCGACAUGUCGGAGGAAGACUUCGAGAACCUCGUGGCGGCCCUUCGGAAAAUGCGAGAGUCCUGCGAGCCUCCGGCGACAAAAUGCGCCUUCCGCUAUCUCCGCGAGGUGAUAGAUCACGUGGAAGAGAAAAAAGGACUUCUCGAACUCCAGAAGGAACUGAAUCAAAAAGUGGCAGAAUGUUCUUUAUCGCGUGGUGCUGCUAAACUGUCUUCCGAGGGGACGCAGAGUAACGCGCACGGAGAGAGUGCGGAGCAUCCUGACGCCUCAUCAACGGCUGAUGCAGCACAGAGAGAAGCGACCGAAGACGCAGAGCAGACGGGAGCGCAGAGUAAGACGAAGAAAGAUGAGACGGGAUGCGCUCCCACUGUGAGCAACGUCAUAAAAGAGUGGGAAGGUUCUUUGCAGGAGAAUAGAACAGUAGAUGCGGCAGUGAAAAAACCAGAAGAAUUGCGGAGACUCUCCCUCCUGCUCCAGACGGCAUUAGAGAGGCACGAGAGGCGCCGCUUGCUACAGGAUUAUUCGGCGCAUGAAGGGGGCAGCGAAGGUAUCUUAUGAGCGAUAUUAGAAAUUCCGGCAUUGAUUUGAUUAUUCGUGUCCACAGAUCAUUAGAUUUAUUCGCGAUGAAACUACACUUAAACACACUGCUACCACAGCCGGCGAGCGCAACGAAGGACAAGAUGCCGAGGCAGACGGGGACGGAACUAAGCAGACUGCUACCGCAGCCGGCGAGUUGAACAAGUUGCAGGAAGAGAUUACGGACUUACGAUCCGCAUUGCGCACAGCGUUCCAAGAGUGCGCUGAAAGUCGUAGCGAAUUGUUGAACAGUGCGGAUGAACCAGAACAAAGAGAUGAACUGGAGAAGUUGAUCGACGAGUCGGACACGAAAGGUUGCUACGGGGUCAGAGGGGCGGUUGGGCAAAAGGUGGAGGAUGAGUAUGACGACAGCAAACUGAAGCCGCUUUUGAACAUUGAUAGGAAACUGAUCGAGGGAAAGGAGGACUCAGAUCCACUAGAUGCUGCAGCAAGAUUAGACGUUGCCGUGACGAAGGUGACCAAAGCGAGCGAGAAGAUAGCGCUUUACGUCAAGUAUGUGAAGGGCAGGAAGAGACACCUCAACAAAGCUGCAGACCUGGGUAUUACACUGUCAAUAUUGGUUUGAAGGUGUUGAUGAAUGCGCGUAUGCGAGGUCAUUAUAUUCAUAAAAUUUUAAAUUCAUACAUAAAUAUGAUCAUGAAGUUAUUUGUCAUCGGCGGGAUUCAAGAGUAUUGUCCGGGUGUUAGUUGUCGCCCGAUACGCUCUCCCGAUACUUCUUUAUCGUGUUAAAGAAUCUGGUGCUACAGUACUUUCAGAGAUGAAGCAGCAUGAAAACGAUUUUUCCUUCUUCUCCCUUCUUCAGCGCUCUCGAGUCUCCCCGCGUUGUUCAAGCAAGAUCCUGCGUCACAGUCCUCGAAGGAGCGAAUGCGGCGCGUACAGGCAGAGAUGCGAUUGAGCCCGGCAUUGGCUCCCUAUCCAGAAGCGUGCCUUCCGAAGAACAUAUCUUCACCGACGGGCAUGGCGAGGGGGAGCGGCGAAGCAAGAAUUGUCGAGCAAGAUCUAGAUAUACUCUACGGCCGGUUUCUGCUGCGUGACGAUCAAGCACUCUGGGACGAGUCUCCUGCAGUCCACGACAACACCCACCACAACUUGGCUGGGACGUGUCUUUGUCACGGCCUGGCCGAUGUCUACGCGUCAGAUCGGCGCGUUGCAAACUUCCUCAGAGAAAGGAUCCCGGAUUGGAACGGAAAUUCCUUGCAAGCGGCUUUGAAGAAAGAGAAAGAGCGGAGGGGGGUGGAAGAGAUCCGUUUGCCUGCAGCGGUGCGCGAAUACUAUGAGAAGCAACCGCCCGACGCAGCUACCGCUGAUUUUCAAAAUCCAGCAACCCACGCGCGCUACCGCUUUUUGCACAACUUUUGCGCGUACGUGCAGAUCAUCAGGGGCGCGGAGGCGAAGUUCAACGCGGCCGGGGAAUCGGCGCAACCAAAGAUCGAUUUCAGCAAUGAUGAAAAGAUUGAGGAGCUGUACACAAAGCACAAGAACUCCGCCGUGGAUCACGUCGAGUGGAUUCGCGAUAACCAGCUGAUGAUCCGCAAAGUCUUCGAGAGCAACAAGGAGAAGGGACCGCUGAAGCCUGAACCUGAAACAACCGAGAACGUCGCGGUCACCGGAAAGAGGACGAAGAAGGCUGUUGAGCGGCAAUCAUCCGAGCUACGUCAGAUGAAGAGCGUCGAUCAGGACGGCAGCGCGAAGUAUUUAAACGGCGAAGACUACAUCAGCCUCAUGGAGUUGCUCUACGGGAGUGGUGGUGGAGGUGGCAGCGCCGUGCUGCGCAAGCCGCGAGCCCUCCGAAGGCUCCCGUUCCAGAGUUUCUUCUCCGCGAAAUGCGAUCGUCAAGAAUCUCGUGGCGAGGUCCCCGACGCUCUCUGUCAUGCGAGUCGUGAGAGUCUUCCGAAGACGGUCGAUACAGCAGAGGGCCAAGGGCUCCAGAGUCAGCAGUGGGACAAGGGCAUCGAGAGAACGGCAGCAGCCAGAAAGAUGGCCAUUCAGUUCUUGCUUCCAGCGUGUGCGCCAGGUCCGUCCUCAUCCAAAAGCAGCGCAGAUGACACGACGGCAGCUUCUGUCGGCACCGCGGCAGCGCAAAAUAAAUGUCCGCGUGCGCCUCUGCUCUUGGGUGCGAUGACGUACAUGUUCAGCGACAACUCGGGCGACGUAGCGCACCGCGACCUGCGCACGGGGGACCACGCCGCCGCGGCAGAGUGUUGGAGGGAGAGUGAUGAUGGGAAGAUACUCAUACGGGUAAAGAAUAAUUGGAACGUCGAGUCUUCCUCCUCCGAGAAAGGACUCGUGGGCAAGCGGUAUGAGAUGGACGUGGAGAAGCAGCUGCGCAGAAAUGUCGAGGAGGAACUUCGAGAAGCAGCUGGGAAGAAACAGAACAAAGCACAUGGAAAUAAGCUUACGAGAUUGCUACCGAGCUGGGGGAAGAUGAAUUUCAAGAAACUACGAAGUUCGGAGACAGCGAACCGGUGGAUCAAGAAUGGAUAUCUUCGGAUCAAGGAACUACGACUCAACCGCAAACAGAGUGCGGGCGCUGAAAUGAAAGCCGAGAAAGAAGAAGCCGAUGAAAAGACGUUCAAAGGACCAUACUUGGACCUCAUGAACCCUUUCACAGGCGAUUGGGUGCAACUGUUUGAUGCCAGCAGGAAAGAGUUUCUGUGA